AAAUGCCUGCACUCAUGGCCUUGAGGAAACGUGCUCAGGGAGAGAAGCCACUGUCUGGAGCCAAGAUCGUGGGUUGCACCCACAUCACGGCUCAAACCGCUGUUCUCAUGGAGACCCUCGGUGCCCUGGGGGCUCAGUGCCGGUGGGCUGCUUGCAACAUCUACUCCACCCUCAACGAAGUGGCAGCUGCCCUGGCUGAGAACGGUAAGGAAGGGUUUGUCUUUCUCGAGGGGUCGGAAGGGGGUGUCCCCAAAGCAAGCUUGGAGGGUGCUGGGACGGGAGGGGCUUGCGAAG